GAAAGCAAAAGUCAGACUUUUGGGUAGCAAGGGUAAAAAGUUGGUCUGCUAAGCUGCUUAGUUAUGCUGGAAGGUGGCAACUGAUUAGAUCAGUUUUAUUUGGCAUCCAGUUGUACUGGUGUCAGAUAUUCAUUAUGCCUAAGAAGGUGUUGAAAGAAAUACAAAGAAUCUGUAGAUGUUUUCUAUGGACUGGAGCUGAAGGGAAUUCCAGGAAAGCGCUUAUUGCUUGGAAUCAACUGUGCUUACCCAAAAUCUGUGGGGGUUUGAAUCUUAAAGAUUUACCUUUGUGGAACAAGUCAGCUGUUGCUAAACAUUGUUGGGCUUUAUCUUUGAAAGCUGAUAAGCUGUGGGUGAAAUGGAUUCACACAUACUAUGUGAAGCAUAAUGACUUUUGGACCAUGCCAAUCCCUAAUGGGCUGUCUUGGUCUUUGAAGAAGAUUUGGCAGCAAAGGGAGACACUGAGUAGCUCUGGUGAUUUGCAGCAGUUUGUAACUGCAGGGAGAUUUAGGAUUCAGAGAAUGUAUAAUCAUUUGAGACAGCAAGGGGAGUCUGUGGGGUGGAAGAGAAUUGUUUGCAACAGUCAUGCUAGCCCUAAAAGUAUUUUUAUUGUGUGGUUGGCCCUGCAGGAUAGACUUGCAACUAAGGAAAGACUGAGAAGAUGGAAUGUUAUAGCAGAUAGUGUGUGUUGCCUUUGUCACAGCACAGAUGAAAGUAGGGAUCACCUUUUCUUUGCCUGCAGUUUUUCAGCUGAUAUUUGGAAUCAGGUCCUACAGAGAAGUGGCAUUCAUAGAAAUGUUGGAGCUUGGAAUGAUGAAGUGCAGUGGGUGCAGAAAGCAAGCAGGAGUACUAGAAGUAAAGCUAGAAUGUGUAAUAGUUUGUUUUGUGAAACUGUGUACUCUAUCUGGCUAGCUAGGAACUCUAAAGUUUUCUCUAACCAGUUAGACAGUAGCUUAAGUAUUGUAAACAGAAUUCUGUUUAGGGUAGCUUGUAAUAGCUAGUUGCUUCUUGGCCUGGUGUGGCUGUGGUUUGGUUGUAUUGGUGGUGGGGUUUUUGCCCUCUUGGUAAUUAAUAAAAUCUUAUUACUUGCCAAAAAAAAAAAAAAAAAAAAAACAUUCCAUAAUCAAUUAUAGUUAACAUUGUUAAAUUUUAUAAAGUUGCAAUGAAUUAAAGGGAUGAUUAAUUUCGAUUUUGUAAUUAAUUGCAAAUUCGUGCGAUUAUUUGAUUAUAUGUUCGCAGGAUUUUUCGGCAGUUUUGUCAAUAAUGGUCCGAAUCUUAUAAUUUUAUAGUGAAUUUCGAAUGUAAACGACGUUUUAAAAUUUAGACAAAAAUCAAAGAUUUGACGCCGAACCCAGAAUUCCCAAAUUCGAAGCCUAACUAUGACUUUUCGGAGGUUUUAGUUUUUCGAACGCAAAAUUUGUAAUUUUUAUGAUGUUAAAUAAAUAUUUGCGAAUCUUGUAUGUAAAUCUUGAAUCUAUGAUUGACCUACUGUAUAUGUUUAACAAUUUUAAAGCCUAAUCUUGUUAAUCAUACAACCUAAUUUGUAAUUGUAAUUAAUUUGUUGAAUUUCUAAUAAUUUAGAAUUUGUUUUGAUUUUCAUAAUUAAUUGGCAAUUUAAUUAGGAUCCUAUGAUUAAAAACCACCACAAAAUUUGUUAAAAUUGAAAAGUUUUAAAAUUUUAUGACCCAGAUUUGAAUCCCUAAAAAUAAAUGUAAUCGGAAAUUAAUUUGAAUAAUAAAUUUUUGAUUUUUGCCCAAAUUUAAUGAAAUUAAUAUGAUUUAUUAAUUUGUCGAUUAAAUUAUAAAAAUGAUUAAUUUUUAUAAAACAGAUCACCAAUCUUACACGCACGAAGCAAUGGAAGCUAGUUGUUACCCUUAAGAGGUGUUGCAUUGUGCGGGCAUGCGACGACGAGCAAGGGAGCCCGUCGCCCAUGCGGUAUGAGGCAAUGAGCAAGCAAGACAUGCGCGGCAGGCAGUGGCCUGUGCCGUGUGUGCCGGGUGGAUGGUCGAGCAAAAUUGGGUAGCGAUGCAUCGUAGCGCUAGGCACGAGGCAAGACAGCAGCAAACGAGCAAGGGAGCUCGCGUGCCACUGCGCAUGCCACGGCCCAGCGCGUAGCUAACGACGAGCAGGCAGCAGGCACAACAAAGGCUGUUGCGCUGCGAUGGUGCGUCACUCGGCCACAGCAACGCGGGCCUUGGGCGCUGCUUCGUGCAUGCGGCCCAUGGCGCUGCGGAGUUGGUGCUUGGGCGAGGCAUGGGCUUCGGCCUAUGGCCUUGCCUUGUUAUGUUUGGGCCGUUUUGUUUAUGUUUCGGUUGAAAACGAUUUUAAUUAAAUUUAAUUUCGUAAUUUAAUUUUUUUCUCGAAAUUUAAUUUUGAUUAAUUUAAUUAUUAUAAAUUAUUUUAUACUAGUUAUUUUAUUAAAAUUAAAACCUUGAUAAAAUUUAAGUUAAUUAAUUUUAAUCAACUGAAAAUAAAAUAAAGGGAUUUAAAUAUUAUUUUAUAUGAGCUUUAAAUUUUAAUUAAAUUUGUAAGUUUUCGGUUGGACUAGGAAAUACAAUUUUAUGUUUAAAUUUUGUAAAGCAUGUAAAUUUCUUGGUAUUAGUGGGAACAUUUUAGUCAUUAAACUCUUGAUUAGGUCUACAUUCCUCUAAGGUUAAAACAACUCGAUUAGAACAAAUAAGGUUGAAUAAUUUGUAGAUUAUUGGAACCCUUUGAUUAGUUGCUGCAAAUGUUUAUGUGAUGCAUAAUUUAAUUUGUUCUACUAACUUGCUAUGUGGGCCAUUCAUUGAUAAAUGAAUGGGUGAAUGGUAUAUUGUAAAUGUACUGUUUUGCAGGUUAUGGAAAGUGACUAGUAUGACCCAAAUAGGAUAGAAAAUAUGGGUUGCGUACCAUUAAUUUGAAUGUAAAGUUGGUCUAAUGCACCAAAGUUUUUAUUUUAAAUAUGGUCUGCGUACCAUCAAAUAGUUGUAAUUAGUUUCAAUUAUAGCAUAUCCUAUUUGAAGAAAAUGGCGCCUCCCAUGGUGAAAUUCAAGACGGAGUUUCCAAUCCAUUUUCAAGACGGAGUUUGAAGUUGAAGCUUCAAGAUGAAGUCGGGCCAUAAUAGAUCACAUUUAUAUCUUAUGCAUGCUCUAAGUUAUUUAUUUCUUUAUAUAUACACGCCCGGAUGUUGCGUAUGCACUCAGUGCUACGAGCAGAUACCGGCCAGACCCAGGAGAGACACAUUGGACUGCUACCAAAAAUAUUCGGAAGUACCUGAAAAGGCACAAAGAUGACUUCCUGGUCUAUGGUGGAGAUGAUGAAUUAAUUGUUAAAGGCUAUACGGACGCAAGUUUCCAAACCGACAAGGAUGAUUUCAUGUCACAGUCUGGGUUUGUCUUUUGCCUCAACGGAGGUGCAGUAAGCUGGAAAAGUGCUAAGCAGAGCACCAUUGCGGAUUUUACAACUGAACCGGAGUACAUUGCUGCACAUGAAGCAGCAAAGGAAGCUAUUUGACUAAGGAAAUUCAUAGGUGAACUUGGUGUAGUCUCCUCCAUUAAAUGACCAAUAGCUCUAUAUUGUGACAAUAACGGAGCUAUAGCACAGGCAAAGGAGCCUAGACACCACCAAAGAGUCAAGCAUGUACUUCGUAGAUUUCACCUUCUACGAGAGUUUGUUAAAAGAAAAGAAGUCGAGAUAAGCAAGAUUGGAACUGAUGACAACAUCUUAGAUCCAUUAACUAAACCUCUGCCGCAAGCGAAGCACAACUCGUACACUGCAACUAUGGGAAUCAAGCAUGUUGGAGAGUGGCUUUGAUGUCCUUAAUAAAUGUUUUAAAGUUUUAGAGU